GUGGUUAUUGAAAAAAAGAUGGCGGAUGAUGAGUUAGAAGCGAUAAGAGCUAAAAGAAUGGCUGAAUUACAGCAGCAAAUGGGCGGUGGUCAAGCUGCGCAACGUCAUGAACAACAGGAAGAAAUGAAAAAACGACAGGAUGAGAUGAAAAAUCAAAUGCUCUCCCAGAUCCUGGACCAACAAGCCAGGGCAAGAUUGAACAGCAUUGCUUUGGUAAAGCCAGAGAAAGCAAAAAUGGUUGAAGGAAUGUUGAUACAGAUGGCAUCUACUGGUCAACUUGGAGGGAAGAUUGGUGAUACACAACUUGUUAGUUUACUGGAACGCUUCCAGGAAAGCAAUCCCAAAAAAUCAACAGUCAAGUUUAACAGAAGAAGACUGGAUGACUCAGACGAUGAGGACUAAACAAAAAAUGUUGUACAGUGUAGAGUGUUGGACCAUGGUGGAAUGUCACUACAGGAUGAUCAGAUAAGCAAAAACAAACUUAUUUUAACAAGCGUAGCAUUAUGAUUGAUUAAAAAGUCUUAGCUCUGGGGACAAGAAUGGGUGGGAAAGACCGUGUGAAUUGACCAUCCAGUGCUUGCUCGACUCCUGGUCGUGCCAGCCAGCAAUGUUUAACAUGGUUAAGCAUUGUGGACCUGCAAUGAUCCAAUGAUUCAAAAAAAUAUUGCUCUCUGCACAUUUAGAGUAAAUAUCAAAAAUACAAACUGGUUACUUACCGUAAUAACGUAAAACAUAUAUUAUUCGUUGCUGUGGAAAAGGCAGACUUAAAUAAAAGUUUUAAAGACUAUUAAACGCACAUUGAUCGACCUUUACAGUACAAUUCUACACA